AUGAACCUCGACGAGCUCAAUCACUUCGAGAGUACCCCUUCUGGCAGUCACCGCAUCGGCGUCUACCCUUACAGCGACUCUCACGCCUCGCUGCAUUCACUGAAAGCACACAGUCUUUCGUCCACUCCUUCAGAAAACGAUUGGAUCUCUCCUUUUACUCUCCCCCCAUUACCGACUUUGCGUCGCGACCGCGAUCCGCAAGACUACCGCCAAUCUCCAGAUUAUCCUCGACAGCGAGACGGAAGCGGUGCCUAUUACGCCGCUGCUUGGGGCUCACCGUAUGCUACCCCAAGCCCGCGAAGAGCACCUCAGCCUUUCGAUCCCGCAAGUCAACGCUUGAAUAUUGAGGCAGGGCCCCCUUUCGGAAGUUCAAUCGGUCGACGAACCAUCCCCUCAACUCCGGGUGACGACGCUGAGGGCGUCGAAUCGCAAAGUCGACGCCGCCUGUACAGAAGAACUCGUCUAGUUUCAAGGAAGGAGUUACGAAAUCCACGUUCCGAAAGACCCAAUUGGCUGAGCGACUCUGAAGAGAGCGGAUCCGAGACAGGUGUCGAAGAGGAGGAUAACACACCAACUCGUGUUGCAUAUCUCGACAGCUGGGGAGCGUCUCCUGUCGAGACGGUGAGCCGCUUGCCCGUACGACACAGAAGCAGCGAAAGUCUUGCUACCAUUACCCCAUAUACCUUCCAUGAUUCCCGAAGGUUGUCAAUAGCGCCAGAACGCCACCGCAUGCGGCUUUCGCCGUCUGCACAAUACGAGAUGGCCGAGCACGAUUCGGAGACAGCCCCAGCGGAGGAAAAGCCGCUCCCUGUUCUGCCUCCCCAAACAUCGCACGUGGAAGAUGAUGGGAAUGCUCCAGAGAGCCCAACUUCAGUGGUCCGGCCGCGGCCCACCUCAAUGCAAUCGUAUCAACGCCCCAAGAAAAAGGUCAUCUGGAAAGGCAAAGCGUGUAUUAUAGCUCUGCCUCUUACAGAUCGAGAAGCCGCCGGGCUACCUCCUCUGCUGACGCCACAACAGGUCAAAGAACGGAUAGAUGGUUGGAUCGCGGCUGGGUACUCGGUGGAAGGCUUUGGGCUUACCGGUACGAGCCCUGGGGCUUCGGGCGAGAGCAGUGGCCAGAGCCGUCCAGUGUACCCGGACGCGACAGAAAUUCAGGCAGAGCGCAAGUUACGGGAGUUUCAUGUCCGCAUACCUGACCAGGCAGAAUGGGAAUCGUGGGUCAACUACCUCAAGGAGGAGAAACUUCGUGCGUUGGGAGUUAGUCCGAGCAACUCUGAAGCUGCGCCGUCGAGCCGAUCACCCUUCUCGCCCGCAUUGAGCCGCAUCUCAUCUGGCUAUCCAGCACUUGCGACAUCCCCUCCAGGAGAUCCCUCCUCUUCAUCAGCAAGCAACCCGCUUAGAGCUGCAAGCAAUCCCUUCUCCCCGUCGAACAUGUCGUCUGCUGCAAUCAGUCCUCAGCCUGGAUCCCUAGGGGCUUCACAGUUCAACGGAGCGCCAAAGCAUAUGCACGGAUACAAGCCUUCAAUUGCGCAGUCGAACUUUCAUGGUCGAAUCCCAUCGCCGUUGGAAGCCUCGCUAACGCAUACAAAUUCCUUCGGCAACGGGGCGCGACCCAACAUUCAACCACUCUCCUCCCGGCAAAACAGUUUCUCGCCAAACCACCCACUGCUUCUUCCGAAUAUGGGGGAGGUCUUGUCCCAACCACAGGCCAUGCAUAUGCGCAGGGCAACUGCCAACUUCGCUGGCGACCAGGGACGCCAGAAUCAAAUGCAACAAAGAGGAUAUUUUCCCGUUCCGCAAAAUGCCAAUCAACCAACACCAAGCCCCACUCUGCCACAACGGAUUGAGAGUCUGGUACACACGCCCCAGUUCAGCGAUUCUUCUCGAACUCCUAUUGAAAUCGCACACCCUACUCCGAAGAGCCACCGUCAUAAUCUCAGCAUCGCUCUGCAAAGGGAGAUUGACGAAGCUGAGGCGGCUCUGCACGAGAGAGGGGAUGGCAUGCAUGAAGACCCAGACCUUGUUGACUUGUCCUUGAGAAAAGACUCGGCUCUGGACGAGUCUGUGAACGAAGAGCCUCCGAUCCUGAGACGACCGGAGACGAUAACGACAGCGGAUGAGAAAUCAGAAAUUGAGACAAAUCCAAGCAUAGCUGCUACGCCCAUGCUGAUGGACGACAAGAAUCCAUUCGUUAAUUGGCAAGCAUUGAGCGAUGCCGCGAAAGCUGAACCCAAGCCUACUCCUGAGACUAUUCCGACAACUUCCAAACUCAAUGUAGAGGCCAAAGAAUUCGACCCGCGAGCUGGCUUCUCGAGCUCCAAUUUCUCGUUUGCCGGACCCAGUUCCAUACCAUUCGGCUUGCCUCCACCAAAGGUAGCACCGUCUGCCGAAAGAGCUGCGUUUAAGAGCAGAUUGUCCUUAUCGCAUCUUAAUGCCGACGCCCCUGCUUUCACUCCACGCACGACGCAGCCAGCACCCAAAGACACUCCUUUCACAUUCAGUUCUGCGACGUUCAAUGUCGAGGCUCCGGUGUUUAAUCCUUCUCAGUCUCCUGAUACCAACUUCAAAGACAACGUGGCAUCUACGGGUACAGGACCAUCUGACAAUGCGAACAGCAUAUUCGGCAACGUUGUUAUAGACCCAGGCUCAAAGGCCAUAAGAAGAGCAAGCAAAGGCAUACCAACGGUUGGCCUGAAGUCAAAGGACGUUCAAGAGGAAGGUACAAACAACUUGUGGGAUGAUGCAGGUCGACCAAUGGUCCCCAUGGACCGACAAAAGAGAGCACGAAGAAAUGACAGUGACGGAGACCGAAGUCCCGUUUUUGCAGAUUCUGCACCGUUUCAUCAUAGGAGGAUUCUUUCGGAGAUCGUGGAUGAUGUCGAUGCGAACGGACCUAACCCGGAAGUGCCGAAGAAAAGUUUUGACGGUUGGGCCUAUAUAUCUGCAGAUGAAAAUCAGCUGACUGGCACCGCGGACAUGACCAACGCCCAAGAAGAGACCAGCGACGCAGGCGAACCACGUUCGGCGUUUACUUUCAAGAAUCACAGCGAUGCUGCUUUGUUCAGCGAAGCUCGACCGCCUCUCGAAGCCGACCAAAUAUUGAACUCUGAGCAGACGGGCGAAGCAACGGGCGAAGCAGAAUCUUCAGACAACCUCAAGAAGGAAGAGGAAACUCCAGUCAAACCAACGACUCUGCCGUCCGGACCCACUCGAAAGCCAAAGUCCUCUCUUUCGGCAUUAGCUAAGCCUUUCGAGUUCAAUACGAGAGUCACGAGUUCAUUGGGAUCCUCCUCGUUUGCGAUGCCACAGAAGACUCCCGGGCUGGAAGACUCCAAAUAUGCAGAAACAUCGAGUCCGCCGUCUGAGCUUAAGGCUAGUCUUUCCUCGCCAGUCACAGACAUACCGCACUAUGUGGAAAAGGAUCAUGAAUCAGUCAACGAAGUGGAGGACACGGUCGAAGUCUUCGAAGAGAAGAGCUCUGAAGACGAGGUCGUCGAGGUCAUUGAAGAGAAAUCCGCUGGCGACGAAUUCGAGCAGCCUCGACGGCGAAAGUACAUCUUGGAGCCAGCUAAAGACUUUGAUACAGAUCCUGACGCAGGAGCCGAUCGGUUUGACAAGACGGAAUCCUCAUUGCGGCAUGGAGACCAACCUGUACCAUCAUUUGAAGAAAUCGAUGCUGUUAUGAAACACCUCGAGGUUCAUCCAGAACUCGGCGUAGAGCGCAAUGACACACCCGUCCAGUCUACGCCGCUCGUCGAUAUGCGCCUGGGAGGACACUUCCGGAGCGACGCUCCAAGCCCGAGCCCAGUCAGACACCAGGACACCAAGGCUGCUCAGAGCGACACCUCCUACCCACCAUCAUAUGGGCUGGGCAUUGGGGUGCACAACCUGAAUUCAGGCAGGGAGGAUGUAAGCGAUUGGGGUGACACGUUACCAGCGGCAGAGGCAGCCAAAUUGCAACUUCGUUCCCAAUUCUUUGAUGGGCACGUCAACGACUUGGUGGAUGGAUUACUUGAGAAUCGUCUCGGACCGCUUGAACGCACUCUAAGGACCAUUCAACAUUCGCUAGCAUUGAUGGCCACGCAGCAGAACUCGAAGACUGGCGGCCGGGGCGUGUCAGGCCACCAAAAAGACUCAGACGCUGACGACGAGGAUGAGUACGAUGCCUUUGAAGGUUUCUCAUCUUACAGAACACGAUCGCCGAAUGCCAGAAGGGGGGAGCGGAAACAAGACCUGAUCCGCGCGGCCGUCGCUGAAGCAUUAGCUGCACAUCAACCACCUCCCCUGCCACAGCCUUCGAUGGACUUGACAGAGUUCAGUGCCAUCCUGCAGGAGAUGAGGGAGCUGGCUCAGAAAAACAGCUCUCAAAACACCCAACACGAGUUGAAGACAAUAAUGGAAGACGUAAUCUCCCACCAUCCGAGACUACGUGGCUCGAGAGUCCAGCAGGAACAUGAAACCGCCGACAUUAAAUACAAACCCCAGAUUGAUGGUCUGGAGACAAUGCUGAAGAUCUCUCAGGAGCACGCCGCCGAGGAAGCCCGCCUCAGACGGACGGCGGAAGAGGAAAUCAAUGAGCUAAAAUUACGACUACGCAUUGCCGAAGAGGAAGCCGCACAGUAUCGAGAAUCCUCUGAAGAGGCCCAGCACACUCUGGAGGCUUUCGUCGAAGAAAAGGACUCGUAUAGGAACCUUGAGCGUGAAGUGGAAGGCUUGACCCUCAAGAAUACUGCUCUCGAACAUACACUAGAAGAAUACCGCGUUUCAAGUGAUCAGUGGCGAGAAGACAUUCGCACGGAACGUGCCUCUAACAAGGAGCUUAAGCGCACCUUGCAAGAACUUCAUCAACAAUUGGUGGAUCAGUCGCAGUCUCGACAAAAUCUUCGAUCCAAAGUUGAGCGCCUUCAGUCCCAUAUCGCACAGGUCGUGGAGGACCUGCAUUCUGAGCAGCAAGAUUGGCGGAAUAAAGAACACGACCUACAGAGCAAACUUGCCCGCCUUCAAGACGCCCUUGAGCAAGAGCGGCGACAUCGGGAGAAGGCAGAACUCGAACUGGACACCCUGGAUAGAGAACACAAGGCUAAUAUCCACUUGAAGACGGUUCUGGACCAGGCUCAAUUGGACGUCUCACGUCUUAACGAAUUGGUUGCCUCGCUCCGAGAGGAGAACAGGGCUCUGGAUACCAAAGCAUUCAACCUGGAUCGAGAGCUGGAGCAUGUCAAGAACAGCAAGGAUGCCGAGCUUGCAACUUCCACGGCCAAAUUACAGGCUGAGCUGGAAAGUGCCUUGACCAAACUUCAAAGCAUACAGGCAGAUUCGACCGCGCAAAUUUCACGGUUACAGAGCCGUCUAGACCACGCUGAGUUGGAUAACGAAGAGCAAAAGGCGAAGCAUGACGCACUCCUUGCCGAAAUCAUUGAAACGCACAAAGAGGCUCUUCGGGAAGCUAAUGAAAAGAAAGAAAAUGCUCUGGAGGACCAGCAUCAGGUUCACGAGAAGAAACUCAAUGAACUGCGAGACCGUCACACAAGGGAACUGCAUAAUUCGUUCGACACCCGAACGAGACUGGAGCACCAAUCUAAGGAGCGGCUCGAGUUGAGCGAGGACAAGGUGAAGCACCUUGAAAGUAAGGUCGCAGAUCUGGAGGAGAGGUUAGAGAUCACGAAAUCCGCCGCCAGAGCAGCCGUGGAAGCUGCGACCGCCAAAGGGGUGAACCUGCCCACUCCGGCUCCGUCCGUCGUGGCAUCGCCACCACAGCGUGCGGCAACUGCCUCUAUGUCGUUUGCCAAAGGGUCGGAUGUUCCAGAAAGGAUUUCGCCGCAAGCCCUUCGAGAGUCCAUCAUGGUGUUACAAGAUCAACUGCAGAAUCGCGAGCAAAAGAUAGAACAGCUGGAGACGGAGCUUGCCGCUGUGGACAAGGAUGCUCCCAACAGGCUCAGGGAGCGCGACACCGAAAUCGGUUGGCUUCGUGAAUUGUUAAGCGUUCGGAUCGAUGACCUUGAGGAUAUCAUCAACGCUGUUUCUAGGGCUGAUUUCGACCGAGACACCGUCAGAGACGCUGCAAUUAGGCUGAAGGCCAAUCUACAGAUGGAACAGCAACUGAAAGAGCGGGGCGCGGCAGGCGGGUUGGCCAGUUCCUUUCCGUCAAUCUCGAGCCUGUCAAGCUAUGCUCAAUCACCCCGUGCACUUCCACUGGCGGCAGCGGCGGCUUGGGGCAACUGGCGAAGAGCUCGUGAGACCUCAAUUGGCGCCAUAUCCGAUCUGGCCACCAACCUAGGGAAUCAGACACCCUCAAAAUCUGCAAUCGGCAGUCCUGCAAGUUUCUUAUCGGGAAUCAUUACACCGCCGGGUACAACCCAGAAGACACCGAGCUCAAGCCAGACGCCGACGGCACCACCGCCGAGCAUGAGAAACCCCCCUGCGGGUACGAUGCAAGCUCGUAAGGCCGGCGGACCCGAAGCCCGGCCUUUGAGGGCCUACAGUUCGCAACCCCGGGCACUGUCGAGCAGGCAGGCAGACAAGCGACCGGAGAAUUUGCAACUACAGCCCAACUCUUCGCCAACCUCACAGCUGAAAAUCGAUCUGCCGCAGACUCCAAUUCAAGCCAAGGAUGGGGCAAAUCUGGAUCUCACGGAUGAUGUGGAUGACGAUGCCUCGCCGCUGGACGGGAAAAAUACCCAGCUUCUUGGAGAGGCAGAGCCGCUCGUUGAAUGA